UAAAUCUAAAUAUUAAACCUUCAGAAAUUAAAGAAAAAAACAAAAAUGAAGACAUGAAAGAUCAGAAGCUGAUUAUCUGAGUCAUUCAUGCAAAUAGCCAUAGUUAAAAGAAAUGAAAUGCAUACAAACUGAAAAUGAUCCAAAAACAGUUCUUAAUUUUUGCCCAUUACUUCACAGCCUGUAAUGCGAGAGAGGCCUUGAAAAUCCACAAGAAGCCGACAGUUGCAGAUAAUUCCAAGCAACCCAUGCACUUUUUCUGAUAAAAUUCUGCCCAAGUUUUGUUGGAUUGUAGUUUACCAUCAUGUGGGAAUCGGCGAGUGAAUCUGUUGGUGGGCGAGAUUACGGUAAUGGAAUUAUUAGCUCAACCAAGCAGGGUCUCAAGACUGAUGGGUUUGAGCUCAGGGGCCAGUCAUGGUAUGUGGCAAGUGAUAUUCCUAGUGAUCUUUUAGUUCAGAUUGGAGAUGUAAAUUUCCACUUGCAUAAGUAUCCGCUGCUUUCUCAGAGUGGAAAGAUGAAUAGACUAAUAUAUGAAUCACGCGACCCAGGACUGAAUAAGAUAGUUUUAGAUGAUCUUCCUGGUGGACCUGAGGCAUUUGUGGUUGCAGCAAAGUUCUGCUAUGGAAUUGCUGUUGAUCUAACAGCAGGCAAUAUCUCUGGCCUUAGAUGUGCUGCAGAGUACCUGGAAAUGACAGAGGAUUUAGAAGAAGGUAAUCUUAUAUUCAAAACUGAAGCUUUUCUUAGUUAUGUGGUGUUAUCAUCAUGGAGGGAUUCUAUAUUAGUACUGAAAAGCUGUGGGAAGCUCACACCAUGGGCAGAGAACCUUCAGAUUGUUCGAAGAUGCAGCGAGUCCAUUGCCUGGAAGGCUUGUGCCAAUCCGAAAGGGAUAAGGUGGGCAUACACUGGAAAACCACCUAAAGUUUCUAGUCCAAAAUGGAAUGAUAUAAAGGAUUCAAGUCCUAGUAGCAAUCAGACUGUUCCUCCUGAUUGGUGGUUUGAAGAUGUUUCAAUCCUAAGGAUUGAUCACUUUGUUAGAGUCAUUACAGCAAUCAAGGUAAAGGGGAUGAGGUUUGAAUUGAUUGGAGCUUCAAUAAUGCAUUAUGCAGCCAAAUGGCUUCCUGGUUUGAUUAAAGACGGGGCAAGGUCUGUUGAUGAAGGAAGCAAUAGCAGCAAUAGUAGUGGCAGCAGUUGGAAAGGUGGACUCCAUAUGAUUGUGGCAGCAACGAAAGAGGACCCUUCAUCAGUUCAGGCAAAAGAUCAGCGCAUGAUCAUUGAGAGCCUCAUCAGCAUAAUUCCACCACAGAAGGAUAGUGUCUCCUGCAGCUUCCUCCUGCGCCUUCUGAGAAUGGCAAACAUGUUAAAAGUGGCACCUGCAUUAGUUACAGAAUUAGAAAAACGAGUGGGGAUGCAGUUUGAACAGGCAACAUUGGCUGACCUCCUAAUUCCUUCUUACAAUAAGAGCGAGACCUUGUAUGACGUGGACCUCACUCAGAGGCUUCUGGAGCAUUUUCUGAUUCAAGAACAGACAGAAAGUUCAAGUCCAAGUAGACAACCAUUUUCUGACCAAAGGGGUACUAAUACACAUGCCAAAAUGAGAGUGGCAAGGCUUGUUGACAGUUAUCUCACAGAGGUUUCCAGAGACAGAAACCUCUCACUAACAAAGUUUCAGGUACUAGCAGAAGCUUUGCCUGAAUCUGCAAGAACCUGUGAUGACGGGCUUUAUCGAGCAAUUGAUUCUUAUCUUAAGGCCCAUCCAACACUGUCUGAGCAUGAAAGGAAGCGCCUGUGCCGUGUGAUGGACUGCCAAAAACUCUCAAUUGAUGCCUGCAUGCAUGCUGCACAAAAUGAGAGACUUCCACUUAGGGUAGUGGUGCAAGUACUCUUUUCUGAACAAGUAAAAAUAAGUAAUGCAAUAGCAAAUAGCUCCCUGAAAGAUGCUAGUGAAACACAGUACCAGCCCAUGAUACCAAACCGAAAAACACUACUUGAAGGCACACCACAAUCAUUUCAAGAAGGAUGGACAGCUGCUAAGAAGGACAUUAACACAGUCAAGUUUGAGCUCGAGAGUGUGAAGACUAAGUACCUUGAGCUACAAAAUGACAUGGAGAAUUUGCAGAGACAGUUUGAUAAGAUGACAAAUAAGAAACAGACAUCAGCGUGGACUAGUGGAUGGAAAAAGCUGAGCAAAUUCACCAAGAUGACAACUAUAGAAAACCAUCAUAUUGAAUCCCAGGUUCCAGAAGCUACCAUAGAACAGACUAGAAAGACCCCAAGAAGGUGGAGAAAUUCCAUUUCCUGAAAGACAACAAAAGAAAAUCCAUAAGAGUUGGCAACAAAGGAAUACCUUUACAUUUCCACUGUUAUUCUCUUUUCUUCUUCUUGGUAUCUUUGGCAGUCAGGGUUAUAUUUCUCUUAUUUUCUUUUUUUUUUUUCCUUUUUUUUAAUAAAAUCUUUAGCAAUCACCUCAAAAAAAAAAAAAAGCAGAAGUACAAUUGUCACCAAAAUCUUGUCAUGUCAUCUGUCAGUUUGUCACUUCUUAUUUUAAGUGUACUUGGUUAUUAAGGGAUGAAUUGAAGAUAUACUUCCAAUUUUCCUUUACCUUGGUGAAAUACAAAGUAGAACCAAUUUACUCUU